GCCCUCUCUUCUUCUGAAACACACUCAGCCCUCUCUCUCUCUCUCUCUAUAUAUAUAUAGUGCAAGCACCUUCAAUUCAGGUGCACUGCGUCUACCUGUUAAUUGGGUUGGCUAGCAGACAUUUAGCUUCUUUGAGUUUUCAAGAUUCAACAAGUACAUUAAAGAGUACUUUCAUAUAUUAAUUUAGUUAGCAUGGAGAAGUUGAACUUCAUGAGAGAAGGAAUGAUCAAACUGCCUCCUGGUUUUCGUUUCCAGCCAACAGAUGAAGAGCUUGUCUUUGAAUACCUCAAACGUAAGGUCCUUUCAUGGCCAUUGCCUGCUUCCAUCAUUCCUGAGAUCAAUGUCUGCAAGUUUGACCCCUGGGAUUUACCAGGUGAUAUGGAGCAAGAGAGAUACUUCUUUAGCAACAAGGAAGCCAAAUAUCCAAAUGGAAACAGAAUCAAUAGAGCAACUGCUUCUGGGUACUGGAAGGCAACUGGUGUGGACAGACAAAUUGGUUCCUCAAGCAGCAGGAACAAUAUAAUUGGAAUGAAAAAGACUCUGGUUUUCUAUAGAGGAAAGACACCAAAUGCCUCUAGAACUGAUUGGAUCAUGCAUGAAUAUCGCCUUGUUAGUUUAGGAACUACAGCUUCCAAUUUUCCACUAACAAACAACUCAGUCCAGAAUUCUUUUAACCAAUUGGAGAAGUGGGUUCUCUGCCGAAUUUUUUUGAAGAAAAGAAAUAGUGAGAUCAUUGAGGAUUGUAGAAAUGGCAGAAUAAAUAAUGCGGAGCCAAGGUUUUAUGAUUUUAUGACGAGGGACAAUGCUAGUUUUGAUUCCGUUUCUUCGUCUUCCAACUGCAGUAGUAUUACUGAUGAGGCUUCUUCAAGUGGAGAAGAUUUUGAUGGUGAAACCAGUAGCAGCCACAAUUUCUUUUAAGCUUUUCCUUUUUUAUAGCUGCGAUCGAGCUAUAGAAACUUAGCAAAAUUUUCUCUAUUGUUCUUGUCAUGUCUGGUUGCUGCAUGUGUGAAGGAAAUGUAUAUUAUAUUAUUGAAGAAUAAUAUUAAUAUAUA